AAUGGCGGCCUAAGGCGUUCCGCUUCCGGGUGGCGCGGGCAGGCCGGGCUUGAGGAAGAUGGCGGCAGCGGCAGGAGUGCCCGGGUGGGGCGGCCGGAGGCUGGCGGGCGCUUCCCUACGUUGGGGGCUCGGCCUGCUGGUGCUGCUGGGCUCGGCGCCUCCGCCGGGAGCCGCCACCACCCACUGGGUGGUCACCGAGGACGGCAAGAUCCAGCAGCAGGUCGACUCACCAAUGAACUUGAAGCAUCCUCAUGAUUUAGUGAUACUAAUGAGACAAGAAACAACUGUUAACUACCUCAAAGAGCUGGAGAAACAAUUGGUUGCUCAAAAGAUCCAUAUAGAAGAGAAUGAGGAUCGAGACACAGGACUGGAACAAAGACAUAAUAAAGAAGAUCCAGACUGCAUUAAAGCGAAGGUGCCCUUGGGGGACUUGGAUCUCUAUGAUGGCACAUAUAUUACCUUAGAAAGCAAAGAUAUCAGCCCUGAAGACCAUAUAGACACAAAGUCUUCUUUACCUCCAGACCUAGAACAGCCAGAAUGUACAAAAAUUCUAGAUCUUCCAUAUAGUAUUCAUGCUUUCCAACACUUAAGGGGGAUUCAAGAAAGAGUUAAUCUUUCGGCACCCUUGUUACCUAAAGAGGACCCCAUAUUGACUUACUUAUCCAGACGAUUAGGAAGAAACAUAGAGGAGAUUGGUCAUCGCAUUUAUGAAGGCCUCAUGAAGAAUUCUUCUUCCUGGGUAUUAUACAAUAUGGCUUCUUUUUAUUGGCGAAUAAAGAAUGAGCCACACCAAGUUGUGGAGUGUGCCAUGCGGGCUCUACAUUUUUCUAGCAGACACAAUAAAGAUAUUGCACUGAUAAACUUGGCAAAUGUGCUACACAGAGCACACUUCUCUGCUGAUGCAGCCAUUGUGGUCCAUGCAGCUCUGGAUUACAGUGAUGUCUUCACCAGCUAUUACACUUUAGGAAACAUAUAUGCAAUGCUUGGGGAAUACAACCACUCAGUACUAUGUUAUGAUCAUGCUUUACAGGCCAAACCAGGGUUUGAGCAAGCAAUUAAAAGAAAACAUGCGGUUCUUUGUCAGCAAAAACUUGAGCAGAAACUGGAGGCUCAGCAUAGAUCACUUCAACGAACAUUGAAUGAACUGAAGGAAUAUCAGAAGCAGCAUGACCAUUAUUUGAGGCAACAAGAGAUCUUAGAAAAGCACAAGCUGAUUCAGGAAGAGCAGAUCUUGAGGAACAUUAUCCAUGAGACACAAAUGGCAAAAGAGGCACAACUAGGGAACCACCAGAUCUGUCGCCUGGGCAACCAGCAGCACAGUUUGCAUUGCCAGUGGGACCAACCUGUUCGUUAUCAUCGUGGUGACAUGUUUGAAAAUGUUGAAUAUGUCGAGUUUGGUGGUGAUUUCUCCAUUUCCAGUAUGACGACCAUGCAUUCUGAGCUUCUUGCCAACCACAGUGACUUUAGCCACUCUUUGGAGUCUUCCCCUUUGGUCCAUUCUGUUGUCUCAUUAUGGGGCUUGGAAUCUAAUGCUUACAGGGAUAAGCAGAAUAUUAUGUGGCCUAAAAGAUCCGAUUGUGUGCAAUCCUAUCCAGUUAUUCCUUCCCCAGAGGAACUACCAACCUAUUUCUUGCAUCCAGAAAACAGGGGACAAAGGAUCCAUUCAAUACUUAACAGCCCAGAAGAGAUCAUUGCACUAACAGAUGUCUAUGAGCCAGAUUGUUCUUCUAUUACUGAUGUGCAAAACAGUGAUUCAACAUAUUUGUUGACCAAAGAACUAGGCAGUCUUCUAGAUCUGGAUGUAAAGAUGCCCGAUGAUCAUGCAAAACAAAUAUUAUACUCUCGUAUGAACAAUCAAUCAGUCACACAGCAACAAAUAGGAUCAUUCAUCCAUCAUGCUAUUGUAAAGGCAAGGGAACCUUUAUGGCUGGUGCUCAAUGAGGCUGGCCUUUACUGGCGUGCAUUUGGAAAUGGCACCUUUGCCUUCAGUUGCUUACGGAAAGCUUUUAACUUGACCCCGCACGAAUUCCAAGAUAUUCCUUUAGUUAAUCUAGCAAAUCUUCUUAUUCAUUAUGGUCUUCAUCUGGAUGCCAGCAAGCUUCUGCGGAAAGCUUUGGCCAUCAAUGGCUCUGAGCCCCUGACUUUCUUGAGCUUAGGUAAUGCCUAUUUGGCUCUGAAGAAUGUCAGUGGGGCAUUACAGGCUUUCAGACACGCCCUGGAUAUCGCUACAAAAUGUCUGGAAUGUGAGAAGAGCCUGAAGCUGAUCCGCUGCUUGCAGUUCUAUCCAUUCUUAUACAACAUCACUUCUUCCACCUGCAGUGGCCACUGUCACGGAAAGGGUCAAGAUGUCAGCCAUACCAAACAGAAGUACUUUGACAUGCAGGACUCUGAUAUCGUAUUGAUGGAAGAAAAUAUUGAGUCAUCUCCAGAUGAUUCAACAGAUCUCAUUCACAGCUCCACAAAAGAGUCAUCUUUGACCUUAGAGAGCACUGUUAUUGCUGAAAGCAAUGGCUCAGAAGAGGUGGAAAAUUUGGGAGAUGCUCAGAUGUCUGAAGAGAUGCUAGCCUUAGUAGAUGAGUUUGAAAACUCUUGGCCCCUUGAAGGCUUUGAAGGGGCCCUCGAAGUGAAAGGCCAUCGGAUGGACCUGCAAGGAAUCCGUGUUCUCAAGAAAGGUUCUCCAGAUGGACUAGCUAGCUCCUGUUUUGGAGACUGUGGAGAUGAUGACGAUGAUGAAACUGAGUGGAUCACAUUCCAAGUAAAACGUGUAAAGAAACCCAAAAUGGAAAGUGUAGAUCUACAGGAGCCUUCAGGGAGAAAUGGAGAGGAAGGACUGAAUGGAGAAAAUGACAAUCUUUACCAAAUGGCACUGGAGAUCAGUGGGCCAAAAAUACCCUCCCCUGGGCCACCAGGAAAAAGGAGAGACUAUCGCAGCCUGGGCUGGCCAAGUCCUGAUGAGUGCCUCAAACUCCGCAGAGUAGAGCUUACUACAGUAGCCAGCACAUGGCUAGCUGUUUCUGCUAAAAAUAUUGAUAUAACAGAGCACAUAGAUUUUGCCACUCAGCUGCAAGAGCCAGCCAUGGAGCCUCUCUGCAAUGCCAAUCUGCCUGCCAGCAUGCACACCCUGGAUCACCUUCAGGGCGUUGCCAAUCGAGCCAGUCUCCAUUACUUGGGAGAGAGUCAACUGAAAGAGGUACUGCAGAAUCUGGGAAAAGACCAUUAUCCGCCACAGUCUUUAGAACAAGUUGGAACUCGAAUAGCCAAAGUUCUAGAAAAGAAUCAAACCUCGUGGGUCCUCUCCAGCAUGGCAGCGCUCUACUGGAGGGUGAAAGGUCAAGGAAAGAAAGCAAUUGACUGCCUCCGGCAAGCCUUACAUCAUACGCCGUACCACAUGAAGGAUGUGCCACUCAUAAGCCUAGCAAACAUCUUCCACAAUGCAAAGCUUUGGAAUGAUGCCAUCGUUGUGGCUACAAUGGCAGUAGAAAUCGCCCCACACUUCGUUGUCAAUCAUUUCACAUUGGCCAAUGUCUAUGUAGCAAUGGAGGAGUUCGAGAAGGCCAUGAGAUGGUAUGAAUCAACAUUGAAACUCCAACCUGAAUUUGCACCAGCAAAGAAUCGAAUUCGUGCCAUUCAGUGUCAUUUACUCAUGAAAAAGGAGAGACGUUCACCUUGAGAUCACAGUCUUCCUCCCUUUUUCUUGUAUCUGUUUUUUUAAACAACGAAAUCAUUGUUCACUAUUAUGCUUGUAAUGAGGUGUGCUAACACAAAUUCAGAAUCUGGGUUUUCAACUAAGAUUUGGGAAUUGGGUUUUUUGUUGUUGUUUUUUUCACACAUCUUUUGAGGGGAGGGACUUUAGUAAGAGCAAGCUCUUACCAAACAUCUGUAUGAUUAGAUACCAAACUCAACAAUCUUCCACAUUCCUGUGAUCCCACAUUUUCCAUCAUUCUCCAUUUGACGCCAGCGUAGACUGUAACCUGCUUCUUGUCUUAGCAUAUCUAUGAAAAUGCAAAGCACAUCAUUGCAGCAGACACUGUACGUAGCAAGAAGCCAUAAUUAGCUUUUCAUCCAUCAGGAAAACAUGUUCUAUCCCCUCACCCAGUCCAUAUUGCAGCGUUACCAGCUCAGAGAUAGAUGUGAGAUAAGAAAGCAAGUGGUGGCAAGCCAUUUUAAUGUGUUUAAGAACACAAAUACUUUUUAUUGACUGUUGUUUUAUGGGGAAGAAACAGAAUCAUAUUCAUUGUGAAAUGGUAUUUUUGUUACAAAAAGAAAAGGGAAACAAAAAAAACAAAGGGUUUUUUUUAAAUAAAUAUAUCAAUAUAUAUUUGAAGCCCUGGGCAGCCUUUAGCCUCUCUUUAUGAAUAAUAUGUUUCACCAACUGCGUGUAAGGUGCAAAUGUUACAGGCAUGUGUAAACAUGCUUUUCUUCUCUGUGUGUCUCUGAAAGCUAGAGAAAAUCAGAGAAGCCAAAUGGUCUGUUUCCAAAUCAGCGUCCGCCUGGGACAGUAAAGGAUCUCAACUGAAUCAACAAAGGCACAGAACUUGGAACAAAAAUAAACAAUUAUGUUAAUGAACAGAA